AUGAAUCCCGGGGACCCUGCCCAAACCGGACCCGGUGAAGCCGGUCAGGACGGGUUGGCUAAAGCAGGGGGUGCGCAGGGGGAGGGGGUGAGAGCGGUGGAUGUGCUGACAGUUCUGAGGGAAAAAGUGGCCUUUGUUUCAGGGGGGAGGGACAAGAGAGGCGGGCCCAUUCUCACCUUCCCAGCGCGGACCAAUCAUGACCGAGUGAAACAGGAGGAUCUAAGCAGACUGGUCACCUAUCUGUCCACCGUACCCAGUGAUGACGUGCGUGCCAGGGGCUUCACGGUGGUCGUAGACAUGCGUGGUUCUAAGUGGGAGAGCGUCAAGCCGUUGCUACGGACACUCCAGGAGGGGUUCUCCGCCCACAUUCACACGGCCCUCAUCAUCAAACCAGACACCUUCUGGCAGAAACACAAGACCAACCUGGGCAGCGCCAAACUCACCUUUGAGACCAGUCUAGUGUCGGUGGAGGGCCUGUCCAAGCUGGUGGACCCGUCCCAGCUGACCUCUGACCUGUGCGGUUCUCUGGAGUAUGACCAUGUGGAGUGGACAGAGCUACGGCUGGGCCUGGAAGAGUUCUCAGGAGCUGCUGGGCAACUGCUGGCCCAGCUAGAGCAGCUGGAGGCUGGGCUGACCCGCGUAAGCGAGGCCCAGGGCGUGGAUGAGGCCCGCAAGCUGCUAGAGGAGCAUGGCCGACUACGUACCACCGUUGCCACGGCUCCCAUCGAUGCCAUCGACCGUGAGGGGCGGAGCUUGCUCCAGCGCAUGCGGCUUGGCCCCGCCCACAGCGGUGAAGUCCCUAGCGACGUGCCCAGCAGUAACCAAGGUUACGGAAGCUGGUUGUCGGGCGGGGCUGAUUUCCAGAGUGUAGCUCCGAAGGUGGCCUCCCUACUGGAGAGGCUGCAGACUGCCAGGACACAACUGCAGCAGAGCUGGACCGAACGGAAAGCACACCUAGACCAGACCUUACAGCUGCAUCUAUACGAACAGGACGCUGCCAAGAUGUCCGAGUGGAUAGCCCACAGUAAGGAUCUGUUCCUGCAGAGUCAGACAGAGGUUGGCCUCAACCACCAGCAUGCCCUGGAACUCCAGACCCAGCACCAGCACUUCACCAUCAACUCUAUGAACGGGAGUGUGAACGUGGACGGGGUGGUCUCCGUGGCGAUGCAGCUGUGUGAGGGGUGUCACUACGGAGCGGAGCGGAUCGCGUGUGUCUCGUCACGGCUACAGGAGGAAUGGAAAGGGCUGACGUCAGUGCUGGAGGAACGCAGCAACACGCUGGUCAUGUCCACCGACUUCCACCAGGGGGCAGAACAGUUCCUGGGGCGUGUGGAGGGCUGGUGUGAGGCUUGUGCUGACGACUCGUUGCCGGCGGAGAUGGCGGAGCUGGAGGCGUCCAUACAACAACACCAGACGCUCUACGAGGAGAUAACAUCAGCCUACACACAGGUCAGUGAGAGUGGUAAAGCCCUAUUGGAAGUGCUUCAGCGUCCGGCGGAGCCUGACGAGUCUGGGUUACCAGCGGCAACCACUGACUUCACAGCCGCAACGCACGGCAUCAUGGGAGUUCUGCACGAGGUCAUGCAGGGUCACCAGCAUGUUGAAGGGGUGUGGCAACACCGCAAGCUCCGCCUACACCAGCGUCUGCAGCUGUGUGUGUUCCAGCAGGACGUACGGCAGGUUCUGGACUGGGUGGAGCAGCAUGGAGAGGUGUUUCUCAAUAAGCACACCGGUGUGGGGAAGAGCCUCCACCGAGCACGAGCACUGCAGAAACGCCAUGACGACUUCCAACAGGUGGCCCAGAACACCUAUACCAAUGCUGAGAAGCUGCUGGAGGCGGCAGGCCAGCUGGCCCAGUCAGAGUGUGAGGAGGGGGAGAUCUACUCUGCUGCUGGGGACCUGGAGCUCCGCAUGCAGGCCUUCAUACAGAGAGUAGAGCAGAGGAAGCUACUGCUGGACCUCGCUGUCUCCUUUUACACACACACCAAAGAGCUGUCAGUGUGGAUGGAGGGUCUCCAGAGGCAGAUGGCGGGGGAGGUGUGUGUGUGUCCUGACUCAGUGGAGGCUCUACAGGCUCUUAUCAGCCAGCAGCAGCAGCAACAAGCCAACACACAGGACGCCUCGCUCUCUGUCAUCAGGGAGGGAGAGGACCUCAUUCUACAGCUCAGGCCCCAGGGCAGUUCAGUGGGCCAUGUGGAGUCAGUGCUGCAGUCGUUGGAGGAGGCCCAGGUCCAGCUGGAGGAGCUGUUCCACCAGAGGAAGAUCAGGCUGGACGUCUAUCUGCAGCUACGCAUACUACAGCAGUGUUCUCUGGAGGUGUCAGGGGAGAUGGAGGCAUGGAAGCAGGACCUCCAGAAGCAGGCCCAGGACAUCACCACAGAGAAGCUAACGCUAGCACAACCGCGGCUAGUGGAAGCUAACCAAGAGAAGCUAGCAUUAGCGCAACCGCGGCUAGUGGAUGCUAACCCAGAAGGGCUAACGUUAGCGCAGCAGCGCAUACACAGACACAUGGAGCGACGGCUAGCCAUGAACAACAUGACCUAUGAGGUCGUACAGCAGGGUCACGACCUUCAGCAAUACAUCACCGAAGUACAGUCCUCAGGUAUUCAGCUGACCGCUGAGGGGGAGACUGAUCUGUCCUCUCAGGUGGAGGGGCUCCAUCAGCUUCUACAGGACAAGCAGAAGGAGCUGCACCAGAUAGUCGAACACACACACACACACCUGGAGCAGGGCUUGCAGCUACGCCACCUACAGAGUCAGGUGAACCAGGUGCUGGGCUGGAUCAGUGAAGGAGAGGUGAUGUUGUCUUCCUGUAUGGUGAACUCCAGCUCUCUGUCCGAGGCUGAACAGCUACAGAGAGAACAUGAGCGCCUCCAACAGGCCAUAGAGUCUCUGCUUCAUGCUGACUCUCUCCAGAGGACCCACCAGGUGGCGCUGGCGCUGCAGCAGCGGGCAGAGCUGCUGGUGAGGGCGGGCCACUACGACCCAGAGGCAGUGAGGGCGUGUGCCCAGACGGUGGCGCUACACUGGCAGACCCUGAUGCUGCGGAUGGAGGACCGCCUCAAACUGGUCAACGCCUCCGCAGCCUUUUACCGGACCUCACAACAGGCAUGCACCCUGGCCAGACGCAACGCAGAGGUCUUCCUCAAGUACAUCCACCGCAACAGCGUUACUAUGGCAACCAUCUCCGGGCACAGUGCAGGCGCAGAGGUCACUGGUCACUCCCGUGUGCCUGAGCAGCAGGUCAAAGGUAUCCUCAGUGAGCUCCUGCAGAGGGAGAACAGGGUUCUACAUUUCUGGACUCUGAAGAAGCGUCGUCUGGACCAGUGUCAACAGUACCUGCUGUUCCAGAGCCACACCCAACAGGCGUUGGAUUGGCUGCAACAGAGUGGUGAGCACUACCUGUCCACUCACACAUCGCCAGGGGCAACCAGUGCAGAGACCCAGGACCUGCUGGCUCAACACAGGGAAUUCUGCAUCUCGGCUAAGCACACUCAGGAGAAGGUGCACCUGCUGAUUCAGCUGGCAGAGAGCAUGCUGGGUAAGGGCCACUCCCACAGGGUGGAGCUACGGAGGUGCGUGUCGACGGUGGACAAGCGCUAUCGAGAGUUCUCCAUGCGCAUGGGCCAGUACCGGAACACACUGGAGACUGCACUGGGAGGCUGCACUCAGGACAAUAAGGACCUGGAGCUGGAGCUCAUCCCCAACAGCCUCUCUGACUCUGACCCCGAAGUGAACCUGAACGACCCUAACCAUGAGGUCAGCGACGAGAAGAGGAGGACGGCCAGGAAGAAAGAGUAUAUCAUGUCAGAGCUUCUCCAGACAGAGAGGGUGUAUGUGAAGGAUCUGCAGGAGUGUAUUGAUACCUACCUGUGGGAGAUGACCAGUGGCUCUGAAGAGAUCCCCACCAGGAUCGCCAACAAGGAUGACGUUGUCUUUGGGAACAUCCAGGACAUUUAUGAGUUCCAUAACAGUAUUUUCCUGAAGGAGCUGGAGAACUACGAACAGCUACCUGAGGAUGUGGGUCACUGCUUCGUCACCUGGGCAGAUAAGUUCCACAUGUAUGUGACGUAUUGUAGAAAUAAACCAGACUCCAGCCUUCUGAUCCAGCAACACGCAGGCUUCUUUCAGGAGGUCCAGAGGAGACAUGGUCUUGCUAACUCCAUCUCCUCAGCGCUCAUCAAGCCGGUUCAGCGCAUCACCAAGUACCAGCUCCUUCUCAAGGAGUUGUUGGCGUGUUGUGAGGAGGGAAAAGGCGAGAUCAAGGAGGGUCUGGAUGUCAUGCUGAGUGUUCCAAAGCGAGCCAACGAUGCCAUGCAUGUUAGCAUGCUAGAGGGUCUGGAGGAGGGCUUGGAGGUGCAGGGAGAGCUGCUCCUGCAGGAUACCUUCCAGGUGUGGGAUCCUAAAUCCCUUAUCAGGAAAGGCCGGGAACGCCACCUGUUCCUGUUCGAGCUCUCGCUGGUCUUCAGUAAAGAGAUAAAGGACUCCUCCGGACGUAUCAAGUACCUCUACAAGAGCAGGCUGAGGACGUCAGAGUUGGGGGUGACAGAGCAUAUUGAGGGGGACCCCUGUAAGUUUGCUCUGUGGGUGGGCCGUACCCCCACCUCGGACAACAAGACCGUCCUCAAGGCCUCAUCUCUGGAGCUGAAGCAGGAGUGGGUACGUAGCGUGCGUCAGGUGAUCCAGGAGAGACGUGGCCAUCUGAGAGGAGCGCUGAGGGAGCCCAUCCCCCUCCCCAAGACCCCCGCCCCCACCCUGGUCCGCACGCGCAGCAUCAACAGGAGAGACACCAAUGAGGAUGCAGACAGCCUGGGAGAUGCCAGCAGCCAGCCGGACACCGUCUCCAUUGCAUCCCGCACCUCUCAGAACACAGCAGACAGCGACAAGCUGUCCGGUGGCUGUGAGUUGACCGUGGUCCUGUUGGACUUCUCGGCGGGCGGGGCUGAGGAGCUGAGUGUUCGUUGUGGUCAGACCGUGGAGCUAGUGGAGCGGUCCAGUGAGCGAUCAGGCUGGUGUCUGGUCAGGACCACAGACCACACCCCCCCACAGGAGGGCCUGGUACCCAUGACUGCCCUCUGCCUUUCCCACUCCCACAGCGCUGACAUGGACGGCUUGAUGCCUGCCACCACCGCUGGGAAAGAGCCCAGCCCUGUAGGUUCAGAGGUCAGAUCAGACUCUGUAGCGUCUCUCCAGUCCCAGACAUCCCUGGGCUCCGGUCCUGGCGGUGUGCCCGUCAGUUCCCCCGGCGGCGUGUCUAUUGGUUCUCCUGGUGUGAACGUGGGCUCCCCGGGGCCCAAGCGGAGUGGUUCUGGUACCGGGAACACAUUGAAGCGCUGGCUGACCAGCCCAGUGAGGAGACUGAGCCAGGGCAAAGCCGACAGCCAGGGGAAAAAACCUCCACUACGCACCAGGAGACGAGACAACCGGCCCGAGCUAACCACGCCACUCACCGCUAACACACACUUGAAGGGGAAGAGCCGUGAAGACUCUGUCCAGAGUGGAGGAGAGGAGGAGCUGGAGGAGGAUCCACACACGCCCCUCCCACCUCCCAUGGAGAUCAUUAAAGAUAGCAACAACCCCGAGGACUCAGAGGGCUCCAACCAGUCAGACACAGAGCAGAAGAACAAAGCCAUGAGAGGUCGCAUGUUUGUGGUUAAUGAAAUGGUGCAGACUGAGAAGGAUUAUGUGAAAGACCUUGGUGUCAUCGUGGAGGGGUUCAUGUCGAGGUUGGAGGUGAAAGGGAUUCCAGAGGACAUGAGGGGGAAGGACCUGAUAGUGUUUGGUAACAUCCAUCAGAUUUACGACUGGCACCAGGAGUUCUUCCUGGUUGAGUUGGAGAAAUGUUUGCAGGACCACGACCGACUGGCAGAGCUUUUCAUUAAACAUGAGAGGAGGCUGCACAUGUAUGUGGUCUACUGUCAGAAUAAGCCCAGGUCAGAGUUUGUCGUGGCGGAAUAUGAGACCUUCUUUGAGGAGGUGCAGAGAGAGAUCAGCUGUAGGAUGUCCAUCAGUGACUUUCUCAUCAAACCCAUCCAGAGAAUCACCAAGUACCAGCUACUUCUCAAGGAUUUUCUGAAGUACACUUCUAAAGCAGGGAUGCACUGUGAGGAGAUCGAGAGAGCGGUGGAUCUGAUGUCUCUGGUACCCAAACGCUGUAAUGACAUGAUGAACCUGGGACGCCUGCAGGGUUACGAGGGGAAGCUGACGAGCCAGGGCAAGCUGCUGCAGCAGGAGACCUUCUGUGUGUGGGAGCAGGACGGAGGAGUUCUUUCCCGCAGUAAAGACAGACGCGUCUUCCUCUUCGAGCAAAUCAUCAUCUUUAGUGAGCUGCUCCGUAAAGGGUCCUCCCCACCUGGCUAUCAGUACAAGAAGAGCAUCAAGGUGAGCUACCUGGCCAUGCAGGAGUGUGUGGAGGGGGACCCCUGUAAGUUUGUUCUGUCAUCUCGGGGGUCUGCAGAGCGUUUCACCCUGCAGGCAGCCAGCCCCUCUGUCAAACAGCUGUGGGUCUCACACAUCACUGAGCUACUGGACACACAGAGCAACUUCCUGUCUGCUCUGCAGUCUCCUAUAGAGUACCAGAGGAAGGAGGGUGGGGGAACAAACCUCCUCACCCGACCCCCCUCGGGCUUCGGCCCCAAAGCAUCGGGCCGACCUCCCUCUGUGCCCCCCACCCCUAACGGACACAACACACACACACAGGCAGACGGCGAGGCACAGGACAACGAGCUGGUGCUGGUGAUCCAGGACUUCAGUGCGGUGCGUGAGGAUGAGAUCACGGUACUUCGCGGGGAACGGGUCCAGAUUCUGGCAUCCAACCAGCAUGGCCAGUGUCUGGUCUACCGACCGGCCAACACGGAGUCUCCGCCUGCAGAGGGCUGGGUGCCGCGCAGCGUCCUGUUCAACCACUAACUAGUUAGAACCAGUCAGUAACAGUUUAGAACCAGAUAUAAACAGUUACAUAACCAGUUACGGCCCAAUUACACUUCACUGAUGCCAGUAAGACCCAGUACCAAUCACACACAUCUGUCAACCUCUUAGUUACUGGUCCCAAAUAGUUACACAUAGUUUAAACUAUUUACAUCAGUUACAUACAGUCAGCUGCCCCAGUUAAACCAAUCACACACACGUAGCAAACAUCCUCAACAACCGGUAGCAACCAUGAACACUAGUAACCAACUACUGGAGUUCCUCACACUGGUGAAAAGAGGCCAGAGAGCUGCAGGUCCAGACAGAGGGAUUUGAAGUGAAUGGACACACAGUAUGGCUAUGGAACAUCCCAACUGAUGAGGUCACUAAUGGCUGCAGCCUAUGGAACAUCCCAACUAAUGAGGUCCAACUGAUGGGGCCACUAAGGGCUGCUGCCAACUGAUGAGGUCACUAAUGGCUGCAGCCUAUGGAACAUCCCAACUAAUGAGGUCCAACUGAUGGGGCCACUAAGGGCCGCUGCCAACUGAUGAGGUCACUAAUGGCUGCUGCCUAUGGAACAUCCCAACUAAUGAGGUCCAACUGAUGGGGCCACUAAGGGCCGCUGCCAAAUGAUGAUGACACUAAGGGCUGUUGCCUUUGGAACACCCAAACUGAUGAGGCCACUAAGGGCCGCUGCCAACUGAUGAGGUCACUAAGGGCUGCUGCCUUUGGAACAUCCACACUGAUGAUGUCACUAAGGGCCGCUGCCUUUGGAACAUCCCAACUGAUGAGGUCACUAAGGGCUGUUGCCUUUGGAACAUCCAAACUGAUGAGGCCUCUAAGGGCUUCUGCCUCAGUCAUUCCGGAACUCUGGGAUUCUAGAAUAAAACAAGACUGAGAACAGCUGUCAGAGACUCUCCCACCUCAUUAAGGAACUAGACUCAAGUGGAGGGUCAAAGGUAAAAUAUAUCUGCUGGAGACAAGCAAGAAAUGACGUUGUAAUAAUGGUUGUUUUUACAUAUCGGUGAAAAAACAUAGUGUCAGCACGUGAUGUUUCUGCUUUCAUGGCGUGGGGGUCAAAAUAAAUGGACUGAACCCUCACCCACCCACCCCAACCCAUGACCCCGGUGAGGUGACAUCAUUUCCUGUUUGUUAAUAUGUGUAAAAGAAAGCGAAAGUCUCACCACAUAAAUAGAGCUCUGAGCGCAUUAUGAAGUAUAUAUAGUUCUUAUAUGAUUCAUAUAUUCUGUUUUUCACCUGAAUAGAAAACAGAGAGAAGAGAAGUAUUGUCACAUUAACGUCUGUAUGUGUGGGUGCGUUUGUGUAUGAGUGCUUGCAUGUAUGGUGUGUAUGUAUGAGUGCUUGCAUGUAUUGUGUGUGUGUGUGUGUGUGUGUGUGUGUGUGUGUGUGUGUGUGUGUGUGUGUGUGUGUGUGUGUGUGUGUGUGUGUGUGUGUGUGUGUGUGUGUGUGUGUGUGUGUGUGUGUGUGUGUGUGUGUGUGUGUGUGUGUGUGUGUGUGUGUGUGUGUGUGUGUGUGUGUGUGUGUUGGUUGUCCUUUGGGUUCUGUUUGUAUUGAAUAGAAACCCCUGUGUUCUCUGUGUUUUUUCACUGAUCAAUCCCUGUGUCCCUUUGAUGUGGUUUCCUGUUCCUGUAGAGCUGCUGUUGGGCAGUGUGAAGGACUCAGAGUGUGCAUCCUCAUACUUUUAAAUGUCACCCAGAGUUUGACCCGUAAUAUUAUGCAUUCUUUGUAAAAUAUGUAAAUAGUAUUUUACAGACAUGUACAUGAUUUAACAGGACAACAGGGAGCUGGGGAACACGUCAGUCCAACUCCUUCAUAUUAAACAGAAGCCUUGCCGCCAUAUUGGAUUUUCAGGUUUUAAUUAACUGCUGAACUAGUUAACCCUUCAACUCUCCCCUGCUCAGGGUAAAAGUUGCCCUUCAGCACAGAUCUAGGAUCAGGUUACUCUCUCCCCAAUCUGACCUUAACCGUGAGUAGAAACACUAAACUGACCCUAGGUCAGUGUUGUCUGAGGGUAACUUCUAACCCCGGUUUGUAUCUGCAGUGGCAGCACUGCUGCCUAUAGCUUCAUACUACACAGGUUAUACAGGCUCUGGGCAAAACUCAAAAGACAUCAUAUUCCCCAUGUAGUGCACUACUUUUGCCUGAAGGAGUGCACUAUAUGGGGAGUAGGGUGUGAUUUGGGACCUAGCCCCUCUUAGCCAUACAGGUUAUUAUACAGUGAUGUGUACUUGCAAAAUGGCUGCUAUCUCACCUCUAUGAGUUCUGUAUGGUGGUUUGUAAUAAAGACCAUUUUUCAUCUCUGAAA